GGGUGGCCAAAAGUGAUUCAAUCAGACCAAGGAAGAGAGUUUGUCAACGAAAUUAACACCCGACUUUUUCAGUUGACUGACAUACAGCACUGCAUAUCAAGUGCUUACCACCCACAAACAAAUGGCCUUGAUGAACGCUUCAACCAGACUCUAGUGAACACUCUCAAGAAGGUAAUCGAUUCUAGUACUGAUGACUGGGAUCAGCAUCUCUCUGCUGCUCUUUUUAUGCCUAUCGCAUAUCAAAACAGGUAAAAUUUUAAUUAUUAUAUCAUGCAUGCAUAUAUUAUUUUUUGAUUGUAGGCGUCAUCAAAGUACACACCCUUUUUCCUAAUGUUCAAUCGCCACCCGCGGAAAGCUGUUACUUUUAAUAUGGAUCAACGAGAUGGUGCCGACGCUAUAGAAGAUAGAGGAGAUGCUGACCAAUUGAGUGGAGAGGAGACUGAAAAUGAAGAAGACAGAGAAGACAUGGAUGGAAUUCUCCGAAGGUUGAUAGAAAUUCGUGACUGCUGUCACCUCAAUGCCAAGGAGAAAAUUGCUGCUGCACAGCAAAAACAGAAGCAGCAGUAUGACAACAAGCAUAACUCUUUGAAGAGUUAUCCAGUUGGCAGCAGUGUCAUGCUAAAGAAUAUGGCCAAUUCUCAUCGAAUAGGAGGGAAAAUGGACUGCACCUGGAAAGGUCCAUAUAUUGUCCAUAAGAUCCUUGACAAGGGUAGAUACGAGUUGCAGUCUGGGAGCGGCAAAGUAUUGAAAAAGUGUUAUAAUGGGGUACUGCUAAAGGAAUACUACUCUCCAGAAACCAACGAUGAAGAAAACACUCUUCCUGGCUCUGAAGACAACCACUCUUCUCCAGUUAAAUCACCUCCUAAGAAUAAACGAAUGCCUGACGUACCCUCUCAAAAUCCUGAUGUACCCUCUCAAAAGCCUGACCUACCCUCUCAAAAGCCUGAUGUACCCUCUCAAAAGCCUAACAUACCCUCUCAAAAGCCUGAUCCUGACCUACCCUCUCAAAAGCAAGAUAAGCGUGAUAAGCGUCCUCUUGACACAAAAGAUCCUUGCAAGUCACCUCCUAAGAAGAAACAAAAGAGUCAGGGAACGAUGUGGCUGAAGACCCUAGAUCUAAACCUCUUUGACAAACAAGUGUUGAGUGCAAUAGGUGGUAUGCUCUCAGACAACCAAAACAUAACUGUGGUUAAGGGAAUUAAUUACCCUUUCGCAGGCAAGAUCCCCCUGCGCAUGGCCCCGCCUAUUACCAUGCCCUAA